AUGUCACCUUUAGAACCACGAUAUUUUCGUGAAGGCAUAAUAACUUUGCCAAUCGGCAUCGUUUGUAUAGUGAACGUUAUAUUGUUUUAUGUGCUCAUGAUUAGAGCACUCAGAGGGCAUGCGACUAAAAUGGCAAGGAAGAAAAAUGUGUUUAACAACACCGUUACCCCUCAACUUUCUGGUUCCAAUGAGAAACGUAUUGGUACAGUAAACAAUAUCGUUGUUCAACAAUAUUCAAUUUUUCCUGGCGGUAAUGAAGUGGGGACACAGACUAGUUAUAUAGAUGUGUUUGAGUAUGACGGGACGGUGAAUAAAAAUGUGAUGAUUGAUUAUCCUGUCGUUGGUGCUGUUUGUGUAAUGAAUCCAACGAACAAACUCGCCGGUCGGCGAAACAUUGAAAUGAGGGCGGCCAAACGAAUAGCUGUGCUUAUAGGUUCCUUUGCCGUUUUAUGGUUACCUUUGCCCAUGGCGACAAUGCUUUUGUCAAACACGGCUUUAAUGUCAGAAAACGAUAUGAUAGUGUUAGCACUCACGGGAGCUGUAAGCUCAUUGACUGUUGCUGUGAAUCCAGUGCUGAAUUUAUUACUGAACAAACAGCUGCGGUCGUCGCUGUUCGACCUGCUGUCACUUACUAGUCUUGGUAAUCGUCUGGUCCAACCCUAUAAAAUUUAA